CAGCCAGUAAACCAAACCCGAUUGGCUUUCGAUUACGUUUAUCUGGUCCACCAGCCAAUCAAACGCUCUUCCGCCCACAGCGUCACAGACAUUAGAGCCGGAAAAGACCGAUUAGGUCACCUCGUCCUGCCCUAGGCCCGGCUCUGAUAGGGAGCGGCCCGGCUAUUUAAUGAGUGACAGCUCAACACCCCGCUCACACGGGAGCGCUCUAGGAGCCGGUUUGAACCUGUUAGCGUGUGAGGCGGCGGCGGCUGCUGCUGCUGCUAUUAUUGCUGGGUGGUUUAACUCUUCUGCUCUCGGCCAGAUAGCUUCAUACUGAGGCCAUGAUGUUCUUUUGACAGCAGCUCAAGCCUCUGUGCCUGGGGGUUUGUGCCAGUGGAAUGCAUUUGCAAUAGUUCAGAUGGAUCAACAUUAAAUGCUAGACUAUAAGCGGAGCGAAGCCAGAAUCAAAAUGACUAAGUGCAAACUUGUUCUGUUAAGACAUGGGGAAGGAGCCUGGAACAAAGAGAACCGCUUUUGCAGCUGGGUGGAUCAGAAGCUGAGCAGCGAUGGGAUGAAGGAAGCUCGGAACUGUGGGAAACACCUCAAAGCACUAGGUUUUCAGUUUGACCAUGUGUUUACAUCCAUCUUAAGCCGUUCUAUUCAGACUGCUUGGCUGGUGUUAGAAGAGAUGGGGCAAGAAUGGGUCCCCACCCAAAGUUCAUGGCGUCUGAACGAACGCCACUACGGUGCACUGAUAGGUCUCAACAGAGCCGAAAUGGCUCUGAACCAUGGUGAAGAGCAAGUGAAAAUAUGGAGAAGAAGCUAUGAUGUUACUCCACCUCCCAUAACUGAAUCUCAUCCUUACUACAGAGAGAUCUAUAACGAUCGCAGAUAUAAAUGCUGUGAUGUGUCACAGGACAAACUCCCAAAGGCUGAAAGCUUAAAAGAAGUUCUGGAGAGACUCCUUCCCUAUUGGAAUGAAAAGAUAGCACCAGAGCUGAAAAGCGGCAAAAUGGUCCUCAUAUCUGCUCAUGGAAACAGCACUAGGGCACUGCUCAAGCAUCUGGAAGGCAUCUCUGAUGAGGAUAUAGUUAAUGUUACCCUUCCUACUGGCGUGCCUGUGCUCCUUGAACUCGAUGAGAAUCUGCGCCCUCUUAACCGUCACCAGUUUCUAGGUGAUCAAGAGGCUAUCCAAGCUGCCAUCAGAAAAGUGGAAGAUCAAGGAAAAGUAAAACCUGUUGAGAAGAAAUAAUGCUUCCGGAUGCUGCCCCCACUCCCUUGUGCGUGUGGUAAUAAGUAGUGCUUUGUGAGUGUUAAGUUGCACUUUGAGCUUGUUAAUUUUAAAUAUUAAUUAGGAGCGCUAGUUAUGCGUUAGGUUAGUACACCAGCCUUUCACCUUUGGAGACUAAAGUUCAAAUCCCAAUGUGGGUUACAGGUGAAAAGGCAGUGGCUGAUUUCAUCCUAAGCGGUAGUAAGGAAAACAUAAAAUUGUUACAGUCUGCCACAAAUCUUUGCUCAAGAAAGGCCCAAGCCAGCAAUAUGGUAGGGUAUAUUACAGGUCAGGAUUAAGAAGUAUUGGCAGAGCUCUGUGAGGAAAGCUUGCACUGCAGAACACCUGGCUCCCAAUAACAUUUGAAGUCCCUCGCUUUCACAAGUACUAAAUGCUCCCAAUUUGCAAAAAGUAUGUAUUUGGUAGUAAAGUGCCAGUUAGAUUGUUCUUUACUGGAAGUCCUUUUAAGAAGCCUGCCCGUGGCACUAGCAUAUACAUUACAGGCAGUUCUCUCUUCGUCUUAUUGCAGCUGUGCUUGAGAAUGCACUUUUGCUAGCAGCUCACUUUUUUGUGCUUCAAAAAUAUCUUGUGGCUUGACUCUUCCAAGGCUAGUUCUUGCUCCAGAAAACGUGCAAUCCUGCUAUCCACACAAUGGAGUGUGGUGUGCUUGGAAGAAGUCCUCUCUAUAUCGUUCCCCCUUUGCCUUACUUUCAAAACUAGUCUUUAGGGCUUAAUUCUGCUAGGUUGCACCAGUGUAGGGGAAAGGAUGGCCCAGUGGUUGGGGCACUGGCCUGGGACAAGGGAAACCUAGGUUCAACUCCCUGCUCUGCCACAGACUUUUGGUGUGACCUUGGACAAGUCACUUAGCCUGUCUGGGUACGUUGACACAGCCCACAGCAGCGAACUUCUGGGUCAACAGACAGGUUUGUGGGGCUCAUGCUAGUGCUCUAAAAAUAGCUCUGUAGAGAGCACUUGGACGGGGUGGCUUGGGCCCUGAAGCCUUGGGAGAGGGGUUAGAGCACUAGUGUGGGCCUCGCUAGAUUGAGUCUGUCGGCUCAGGCUGGGAAGCUUGCUUCUGCAGGCUGUGUAAACGUCCCCUUAGUGCCUCAGUUCCCAUCUGUGAAAUGGGGCUCCCAGAGAGGAGACGGGCACCCUGUGAUAAAACCACCCAUUGAAAUGACACUGCUGCAGCCAGGUUGUUCAGGGCAUAUGUACACGUGCAUGCAAACCUAGUGGAAUUUCACUGAUGUAACUCAGCAGACUUUAGCCCUCAAAACACAGAGCACAAAGAGGUUAGUGCAUGAAUAGAACUUCAGACUUGUCAUGGACUUAGCCCUAUUAGAACAGGAACUUGGAUAGGUUUCAAGCACUUAACAGAAUCUACAGGCUUGAUCCAAUUCCCAUUAAAGUCACUGAUAACACUGACUUGACUUGAAUAGGGCCUGAGCCAAACCUUUGAAAUUCCCCACUUCCACCACUCUGUGGCGCUCCAGAUAAGGGCUAGAGAGUGGUCUCCACUGAACUCUACAAACAUUUUUGCAAGCGAGAUUCCCAUGCUGGUCCCAGAAUUAGCUCCUUGCAAGAGCAAUACUGAAGAGAUUGUAAUGGUGAGUAGUGUAUGUAUGUGCAGUGCACUCCAAGAAAUAAAUACAGCUGUUUCAUCGUGUGAUCCUGUAAACAGCAGAGAACAUUAAAAUUUACUUCGGAGUUUGUUCCCGUGAACCUCUUAUCACAACUA